GCUCCACAGGCUCAAAAGGCGUCGAUCGUCUCAGUCUCCGGUGCGUUGCCAAUUUAUUUCGAGCAGAGCUCAUGAAGUCCAGAUCACAACUGAUGUCCCCAAGGGUUGCAGCCCUGGUGCUGCUGUUGGGCUUCACGGGCUUCUACACUUUCGUCCUCGGCUCGCCACGGGCAAAUCUUCCAAGGCAGGACCCAGAAGCUAGCGGAGUCAAUGGAAUCAACGGAGUCAAAGGAGAAGGAAAUAGUAAAGAUGCAGCCGAUGCAAUUGGCAAAAGCCAAACUUUGGCCCAUUGUUUGGGCUUUGGUGCAGCCCUGUUGGCACUGGCCAAGAGCUUUGCGAAGGCAGUCCCUUUGCGAGGAAAGCGUGGCCAGGCGGUGAGGUCAACACCUUCAAGUGGCUUUGGAGGCCUUUGGAGGUCUGGACCCUUGUCAUCAGGUGGCUCCAGUUUUCUUGGCUCAUCCAUGGCCGGAUCAGUCACGGUGGCUGCGCCAACUGCGCCAAAGCGCGGUGCUCUGUCGUCCAUGACCAUGAUGUUCGAACGUUUCAAUGAGAAGGCCAUCAAAUCCGUGAUGUUGGCACAGGAAGAAUCGCGACGUCUCAAUCACAACUUCGUGGAUGUGGAGAUGCUGCUGGUGGGCGUGAUUGCUGAGAACUCCAGCAUUGCUGCGAAGGUCAUGAGAAAGAUGGGGGUGCAGCUCAAGGAUGUGAAAAGGAUCAUUCAAGAGCAAUUGGGCCAAGGAGAGGGGCCUGUGAAGGUUGAAAUUCCCUUCACUCCAGAAGCGAAGCAGAUCCUUGAGAAUUGCGUUGCAGAAGCGCAGAGCUUGAAUUCCAAUGCGAUCGACACUGCGCACAUUUUGCUAGCUCUUUGCAAGGACCCUUCAGGAAAGAUUCAGAAGUGCCUGGAGAAGCUCAAUGUGGAUGCGAAAAAGAUCCCUGAGGAGAUCAUUAAGGAACUCCAGGACAAGGAUGAAAAGGUGGCUGCUACUCAACAAGCCAAAGGAGGUCCAGGUGGCAAGAACGCCACGCUUGAAGAGUUUGGACGCGAUUUGACCAAGGCAGCAGCUGAGGGCAUGAUGGAUCCAUUGGUGGGCCGUGAGGCCGAGAUUGAGAGGACCAUUCAGAUCUUGGCCCGGCGCCAGAAGAACAACCCAGUUCUCAUUGGUGAGCCCGGUGUGGGCAAGACAGCCAUUGCCGAAGGCCUGGCCUACAAAAUUGCCACCUCAGAUGUGCCAGAGAUGCUCGAGGGGAAGCGCAUCGUUCAGCUGGAUUUGGCCAUGUUGCUGGCUGGCACCAAAUACCGAGGUGAAUUUGAGGAGCGCCUGAAGAAUGUCAUCAAAGAGGUCUUGGACUCGGAACGAAACAUCAUCCUGAUGAUUGAUGAGAUCCAUACCUUGGUGGGUGCUGGUGGCACUGGUGAUGGUGGUGGAGGUGGUGCCAUUGACGCUGCCAACAUCAUGAAACCGGCCUUGUCCCGUGGAGAACUUCAGGUCAUUGGAGCCACCACCAAUGAGGAGUACCGCAAGUACGUUGAGAAGGACAAGGCGCUGGAGCGACGCUUUCAGCCGGUGAAGGUGCCGGAGCCCACGGUGGAAGAGACCGUGCAGAUUCUGAAAGGCUUGGCCCGGAAGUACGAGGCACAUCACAAGUUGAGGUACUCGGAAGAGGCCUUGGAGGCUUGCGUCAAGUUGGCCUCGCAGUAUGUCCAGGAUAGGUACCUACCUGACAAGGCCAUUGAUGUGAUGGAUGAGACAGGUGCCAGGGUCCAGCUGAGACAAAAUGCAGACAUCCCACAGGAAGCCUUUGAGGCCAAGAAGGAACUGCGGGAGAUGGAGGCGAAGAAAGAAGAUGCAGUCCGUGCUCAGAACUACGAAGAGGCAGGCAAGUGCAAGGAAGAGGAGAUUAAGCUGAAAAAGAAGAUCCGAAAGUUGAUCAAGGAGGCAGAAGAGCGUCCGGAGGAGCCUGAACCUACGACUGCUGGGGCAGUCCAGGCAGCAAGUGCUGCACCUGUGGUGCAAGAAACGACCACAGUAGUUGAGGAAGAGGAAGAAGAAUUUGUGGAAGAAAUUCCUGUAGUCCUUGAAGCAGAUGUGGCCCAGGUGGUCUCCAAAUGGACCGGUGUACCUGUGGAGAAGGUAAGCAGUGACGAGUCUGCCAGGUUGGUCCAGUUGGAGGAGAUCUUGCAUGACCGGGUCAUCGGUCAGGAGGAGGCCGUCACUGCAGUGGCCAAGGCAGUUCGCCGUGCACGCUCAGGAUUGAAGAACCCGAAUCGGCCCAUUGCGUCCUUCAUUUUCUGUGGCCCUACGGGUGUUGGCAAAACCGAGCUGUGCAAGGCCCUUUCUGCGGCCUACUUUGGAAAGGAAGAUUCGAUGAUCCGCUUGGAUAUGAGUGAAUUCAUGGAAAGGCACACCGUCUCCAAGCUGAUUGGUAGCCCACCUGGCUACGUUGGAUAUGAUGAGGAAAGCCAGUUGACGGAUGGAGUGCGCCGCCGACCUUACAGCCUCGUGCUCUUUGAUGAGGUGGAGAAGGCUCACCCCGAUGUUUUCAACCUUUGCUUGCAGAUUUUGGAGGAUGGUCGCCUGACAGACUCGAAGGGUAGAACUGUUUCCUUCAAGAACACCCUCAUCAUCAUGACCUCCAACGUGGGUGCCAAGAACAUUGAGAAGGGCUUGCUGGGUGGUGGAGGUCUGGGUUUCUCGGGCUUGGAGGAUGAUGUCGACACCUCCAGCUACCAAAGGCUGAAAACCGUGGUCCAUGACGAACUCAAGAACUUUUUCCGACCAGAGUUCCUCAACAGAUUGGAUGAGAUCAUUGUGUUCAAGUCUCUCAACAAGCAGGAAGUGGCACAAAUUGCAGAAUUGGAGUUCAAGAAGGUCUUCAAGCUCACCACUGAGAAGGGCAUCAAACUUUUGUUGACCGACCGGUUCAAAGUCAAGGUGGUGGAUGAAGGAUUCAAUCCGGUCUAUGGAGCACGUCCACUGAGACGUGCCAUCACCAGACUCUUGGAGGAUCAACUGGCCGAAAGUUUCUUGGAGAUGCCGGCCACGGAGGGCGAAAAUGUCAUCGUGGACUUAGACAACGAUGCACAGGUCCGAGUCCUGAGACAACAGGAGGAGCCCGAGUUAAACGGCCAGUCAACGGAGUCUGAGUCCACGCCUACCAAGGUUGCUGAGCCCACCGCGGCAUAGAACUCCACACUGUUUUGAUCUUUCCAUGUGUUGAAAAAGAGCCAAA